CCGUACAGCAGCACCGCACAGCAGCACCGCACCAGACCACACCAGGGCGAGUAGCGACGGGAAGGAUGUCGACCAACGCAGUCCGCCAAAGCUCGAGGACCGUAGCCCCCUCUUUCAAAGUUCGUGAUAGGGUUAGCGACGACCAGGAGACUUCUUUUCUGGCAGCAGGGCAGCGGAAGGCUAGGGAACUGGAGGAGUUCGGCGGAUAAGAGUCGAGAGACAGCAGUGGUGGCUCUGGCAACCCACCUCCUCCUGCUGGUGGUCUUGAGGAGGAUGGAGUACAGGUCCUGUCGACACCGCGUGGCAAUGUGCAGGCUAAGCCACCAAGGAAGGGCAAGUGGACGCUUCCAUGCAUGAUCCGCGUUGCUGAGAAGGGGCUCAAGUUUCAAUGCUGGCAGGUUAGAGGUCGCAAGGAAACGGUGCCGCAGCAGUGGCUGAAGGCCGACAAGGAGAUACGGGGCGAAACUCCGUGGAACAUCAUGUUCGAGGGAAUCAGUGACACUGCGAUCAUCUCCAAAUUCACCGCCAUGGUUUCCGAGAAGACUGGAGCAGAGAAUAAGGCCGCGGCCACGACCGGCGGGGGGGAAGACGGCUCGGAAAACCUUGGCGAAGAUGAGAUUAAGCUGGAAAAAGUGCGGGGUGCGAUCGUGGACGCGAAAGCUGGAUUGAGGGCUGAGAAGAGGAUCGAGAAAGAGAAGCUCGCCAACAUCAGGGCGGCGGGCGUCGCGGAGAAGCAGAACGCCGAAAGGCGUUGCGCACCAGGGGCCGGCUCGACAUCAUUCGGGGCGGCCCACGCCAGCGACGAACGCGCGCGUGCCAAAGUUCUUCAACGCGAGCUCUCAACGGCGGGUAGCCAGCGGGCAAGCGAGGGGGGAGGGGCUGCAAGGAAGUUGCCCCCGCUCGGCGCGGACAUCCAAAAGAAGCUCAGCGCGCAAAAUGAGGUUGAUCUGGCCUACAUCACAGGAGCGACGACGGAGCAGGUGGACCUCGUCCUCACCAAGGGAUUUACUCAAGAACAACUUCCUUGGGAGACUGCGGUCUGUAUCCUCGAGCAGGCGGUCGGUAACAGGCUGCGAGCCCCAUGGGGAAACCUAUCGCUGCAUGAUUUCAGCGUUGUUAAGGGAGCGGGCUUCGAAAUCGGUGGUUUUGACGCGUAUAUGGUGAAGGAGUUGUGUGAUAAGUACGGCGCCGACUAUCAGUUGUUCAUGGCAUGUGAUCGCGUCUCCGUGUACACCGACGGGUGGACAGUAGGGGAUCCUGGGUGUCCAACGGAGGAGGAGUUAGACGGGCUAUCUGAGAAGCUGGCCACCCUGCUUGUGUACGGCACCGUGAAACCCAACAAUGGCACCUCACCGGAGCAUCCAAGCAGCGCCAGCAGCAGCGGCAGCAGUGACGUGUUUGACUUGUCGGGCGAUGGACAAGCCGGCGGAGGUGGGAAGCGUGCCCCGAAGAGCAGCAGGAAGACACGGAACACGACCAACCGUGCGAGCGAGGAUGGCCUUCUGCAGUA